GACCGAACCACCUUCGUCACCUCGAAUCCAGAAAAGAUCCUUCAGACUUCGACCAUGGCCCUUUGGGCACAAUCGACUUCCGGUCAAAAGGCAGUCAACCUAGGAUUGCCCUCCAUCAAGACCUGGCUUAAGAACCUUGCCACAAGCGGUCCCGGUCCGGCAGAGGAGUACUAUGGCAUCAGAUAUAAGUUCGUUAAACGUAAGUCUCGC